AUGGUUAGCGCUAAGAAGAUAAAAGCUCAGGACGAGUUCGUCCUGACUCUAUCCGAUAACGAAGACGAGGCGAAUCCCGAACUUGAAGUAGUCCCCGCAUCCAGCGAAUCGAAGAACAAGAAGCGCAAACGCGGCAAUGCUGCCGGUAGCAAGGACAAGUUAAAGAAGGCAAAGAAGGAGAAGAAUAUGGAAGGAGACGAAGAGGAGGAGGGGAAUGACGGGGUUUGGGGCGCGAAAGAGGAUGAUGAUGGAGCUAUGGAUUCCGAUUUUGAGUUCCAGCUGGAGGCGGCGGAUGCAGCAGGCGAAAUGGAGGAGUUCGAAGGGUGGGGGUUUGAGAGUGCUAAGAAGAGCUUCGCUGGUGGAGCAUCGAAGGCCGGCGACAAGAGGGCUGUCGAUAUUGACGAGAUUAUUGCCAGGAGGAAGGCUAAGAAGGGCGGCAAAGCGGAGGAGGUCGACGAUGUUGAGAGCAACGAUGAGGAUGCUGUAAUGCACAACGACGAAGAUGAAUUUAUGGCGGAGGAUGGGUUCGGUAUGGGCGUUGCUUUAGAUGAAGAGGAGAGCGGGGAUGAGAUGGCAGAAGAUGAGAGCAUGGGAGAAGCUGGUGAAGAGAAUGGCGAUGCCGACUCUGACGACGAGUCUGUCGCCUCUGCACAACCACACCCAGACGAUAUUCAGGGAGCCUCAUCAAAUGAGGAGUCUGACGACGACGUAGAGGAGGCCGCCCGCAGAGAUGCAUUUUUCGCACCGGAAGAGAAAUCCGAAAAGACUGCGACGAAGGGUGAGGUUUUGUCCUUCCAGAACAUGUCACUGUCGAGGCCUAUCCACCGUGGCCUGGCAGCAUGUGGAUUUUCGGCGCCGACACCUAUUCAAGCCAAGACCAUUCCAGUCGCGUUACUUGGUAAAGAUGUCGUCGGCGGUGCCGUGACAGGCUCCGGAAAGACCGCGGCCUUUAUUGUUCCCGUCCUCGAACGUCUCUUGUACAGGCCCAAGAAAGUUCCAACGAGCAGAGUCGCCAUCCUCAUGCCAACUCGUGAAUUGGCUAUCCAAUGUCACGCAGUUGCCACGAAGCUCGCCAGUUACACGGAUAUCAAAUUCUGUCUUGCUGUCGGUGGUCUCAGUUUAAAGAUCCAAGAGGCUGAGCUGCGUCUUCGCCCAGAUAUCAUUAUCGCUACCCCAGGUCGGUUCAUCGAUCACAUGCGCAACUCGCCAUCUUUCACCGUUGAUACUCUCGAGAUUCUUGUUCUUGAUGAGGCUGAUCGCAUGUUGGAAGAUGGUUUCGCCGAUGAGUUGAAUGAGAUUCUCACCACAAUCCCGAAGUCGAGGCAGACCAUGCUGUUCUCCGCUACCAUGACAUCGUCUGUUGAUAAGCUCAUUCGUGUGGGUCUGAACAGACCUGUUAGACUGAUGGUUGACGCGCAAAGGUCGACGGUCACCACUUUAGUGCAGGAGUUUGUCCGUCUGCGUCCAGGCAGAGAGGACAAGCGUAUGGGUUAUCUGCUUUAUCUGUGCCAGAAGGUGUUCCACAACAAAGUCAUUGUCUUCUUCAGGCAGAAGAAGGAAGCUCACAGAGCUCGUGUUAUCUUCGGUCUGUCUGGUAUGAAGGCUGCUGAGCUCCACGGAAGUUUGUCGCAAGAACAGCGUAUUGCAUCCGUCGAAGCUUUCAGGGACGGUAAAGUCUCGUAUCUCCUUGCUACUGAUCUCGCCUCCAGAGGUCUCGAUAUCAAGGGAGUCGACACAGUCAUCAACUACGAAGCCCCCCAGUCACUUGAGAUCUACCUGCACAGAGUCGGUCGUACGGCUCGUGCUGGCCGCAGUGGUCGCGCAUGUACUCUUGCCGCCGAGCCCGACCGUAAGGUCGUCAAAGCCGCCGUCAAGACGGCGCGGAGCCAGGGAGCCAAGAUCGCCUCGCGCGUCAUCGAGUCUAACGACGCAGAUGCAUUCGCUGCUAAGGUAUACGGGAUGGCCGAGGAAAUCGAGGAAGUUCUGAAGGAGGAGAAGGAAGACAAGCAACUGGCUCAGGCCGAGAUGCAGCUCAGGAAGGGUGAGAAUGUGAUGGUGCAUGAGGAUGAGAUUAAGUCCCGCCCGAAGCGAACUUGGUUCGAGAGCGAGGCGGAUAAGCGGACUGCGAAGAAAUCUGGGCGCGCCGAGUUGAAUGGGCCAGAGAGCAUUUUGAAGAAGAGCAUUAAGGGGAAAAUGAGCGGGAAGGAUAGAAAGAAGCUGGAUGACCAUGAGUCAAGAACAGAAGGGAAGGUGUGGAAGAAGGGGAGGGCAGAGAGGGAAGGGAAGGGUGCAUUAGCGCCACAGAAGGGCAAGAGGAAGGUGGCAGGUGGGAAACCACCAGGAAAAGGAAAGCCGCGGAGGUAA